UGUGAGCUCAGAGGCAGCCCAGGGGCGUCACCGAGUGCGGCCACCCAGCUCCAGCUCCAGCUCCAGCUCCACGCCGGAGUCCUGUUCUCUUCUCCACCUCCUCUUCUUCCCUCCCUUCCCUUCCCGGUCUUAGAACACAGACCCAACGCCCAGCUAGGCACCGAGCCGGAGACGGACAGCAUCUGCAGGCGGGACCGUGAGGCAGAGGGAACCUGUGGAGCCGUAGACCCAGGCGUUCUCAGAGCCCCUAACUGCUGGAGGCUCCAAAGCAAGCCCCUCGCCUAGGGCUUCGGCUGCCGUGCCCUGCGGCUCACUGCUCGGGGCUGGGGAGAGAUGCAGGCUGCACUGUGAGCCCCAGGCAGCAGGGCCAUGUCCGGCUCUCGUUGCCAGACAUUGUACCCCUUCACUGGGGAGCGGCACCGCCAGGGGCUGCGCUUCGACGCCGGAGAGGUGCUCACGGUGCUGCAAGUCCCGGACGGGGGCUGGUGGGAAGGGCAGAAAGAGGACGGACUCCGUGGCUGGUUCCCCGCAAGCUAUGUGCAGUUGCUAGAGAAGCCUGGAAUGGUUCCCCCCCAGCCUGCAGAAGAAAAUCAGACUUCCUUUUUGCCACCCGGCUGGCAAAGCUACCUGUCUCCUCAGGGCCGCCGAUACUAUGUCAACACAACCACCAAUGAGACUACAUGGGAGCGGCCCAACGGUUCUCCUCGGACCCCAUCAAGCCCUGGCACUCAGAGGAACUUUCAGCCUGCGACAGUGAACGGCUACCACUCAUCAGGGACCCCAGUGCAUCAGUCAGAGCCUGUCCACAUGAGUCUCCGAAAACCCACUGGUGAUUUCCAGAACCCAGGGUCUCCAUCUCCAGGCAAGAAACAGAGCAAGGAAAGCACGAUCACAAUAAACUGUGUGACUUUCCCACAUCCUGAUACAAUGCCAGAGCAGCAACUGUUGAAGCCAACUGAAUGGAGCUACUGUGAUUACUUCUGGGCUGAUAAGAAGGAUCCCCAAGGCAAUGGCACUGUGGCUGGGUUUGAGAUUCUUCUUCAGAAGCAACUGAAAGGCAAACAGAUGCAGAAGGAAAUGUCAGAAUUCAUUAGGGAAAGAAUUAAGAUCGAAGAAGAAUAUGCCAAGAACUUAGCCAAGCUCUCUCAGAAUUCCUUGGCAGCUCAGGAAGAAGGCUCCCUAGGAGAAGCCUGGGCCCAAGUAAAGAAAAGUCUGGCUGAUGAGGCUGAAGUCCAUCUCAAGUUUUCUUCCAAGCUCCACAGUGAAGUGGAAAAGCCCCUGAUGAAUUUCCGUGAAAAUUUCAAGAAAGACAUGAAGAAGUGCGACCAUCAUAUUGCUGAUCUGAGGAAACAACUGGCCAGUCGAUAUGCCUCGGUGGAGAAGGCACGGAAAGCCCUUACAGAGAGGCAGAAAGACCUGGAGAUGAAAACCCAGCAAUUAGAAAUCAAACUAAGCAACAAAACUGAAGAGGACAUUAAGAAAGCCAGGCGGAAGUCUACGCAGGCUGGAGAUGAUCUGAUGCGCUGUGUGGAUCUCUAUAAUCAGGCUCAGUCUAAGUGGUUUGAAGAGAUGGUGACAACCACCUUGGAACUCGAGAGAUUGGAGGUGGAACGGGUAGAGAUGAUUCGGCAACAUCUUUGCCAAUACACACAGCUGCGGCAUGAGACAGACAUGUUCAACCAAAGUACAGUAGAACCUGUGGAUCAACUCCUGCGGAAAGUGGAUCCUGCUAAAGACAGGGAGCUGUGGGUGAAAGAACACAAAACUGGAGAUAUCCGACCUGUGGAUAUGGAAAUCUAGACUGAAUGAGUCAUUCCUUGAAUGGGUUUAUUGUUGGGGUUUGGGAAUCCCACUAAGAGAAGGGGCUCUUUCUUUGGGGCCCAUUGUCAUGCCGGGAAGGAUUUGUGCUGUCAUCCCACCCAUUGUCCUGUUUGGUGAGGUAGUUGGAGUGUCUCCGUUCCCCACCCCAGGCUCAGAAGCUGACCUUCUGCCUUUAUUGCCAUCACUAAAGUCCCCAACUCCCCAUCCUGUGCUGUUCUGAGAGCAAACUGAAGACUUUAUUUUCUGGAAUAUGGCAGUACUCUUGUUUAUACUCAUGUGACAUACUUAAAGACCCAGCAGUAUAACAUGCUUGUGAUUCUUGAGGAGUCACCAGGACUCAGUCCUCAGCAGGCCUAAGGGCUACUCCUCUCCAUGGAGUCUAACAGCUAGGAGAGGUUGUCAACCCCUUCCUCCAAAAUGAAUACCAAAAUGAAGUGGGCUUGGGUGGAGGGAAGUACCCCCACAGAUAGAACAUCCUUCUUCUGUCUAUCCAAAUCCUUUGUUUGUCACCUGUCUGGUACUGGGAUCCCUUCCCAUUGACAUCUUCUGUAACAUUUCAUCAUAACAUCAUCCCCUGGGGCCUAAGAGGGAAUCCUGGAAAGAAGCACCUGCUUCUCUUACCACAAAACAGACCCUGCCCUUCUUUUAAAACCUACAGUGAUAAUGGUGGAACUACCUCAUUAGGCAAACUGGCCCCAAUUUUGAGUGUUCCCCUUUUCCUUUCCCAUUUGCCACAAAUGUUUUUGUUUUGUUUGCUUUCUGCAUAGACAGUGCUUCCCAAUCCUUUGGACCUAUAUACUCAUGCUCUAUUGUUCCGGGAAAUAUCAAGUCAACAGUCCAAGCCAGUUUUUUUCUUUUUGUUUUUGUUUUUUUUGGAUUGCCCAUUCUCACCAUAUGAAGCUUUUUGGAAGGCCUUGGUUUUCAGUGUCUCAACGUACUCAUUCCAGUGGUUUGGGAGCAGAUCUCAGGGGCAGGCUAUGAAUUACCUGCAUCCUUCCCCCUCACACCGUCAUUUAUGUUUAUCGUUCUCAAUCUAGCAUUGAGAAUCUGCUUACGUCAAAGUGAUUGAGAAUUUUAAACGCUGAGGUCCAGGAUGUUGGGUUUAGGAUGUGAUGAUAUGGAUCCUGUAUUUGGCUCCCUUCCUUAUUCAAUGCCCCUUGGGUCAUAUUUGCCAUCCUGUGCCAUCUUACCAGGUACUGGUUAUCAAUUUCCAGCCCGGAUCUUUGACAACAAUAUCCUUCAAAGUUUUCAGUCUCUUUGUCUCUCACCUGUGGAAUCUGCCCAAACCCUGCCUAUUUCUUUAAUAGAGGACAUGGUUCUCCCAUUAUGAUUUCCUGGUGAUGAUUCUAACUGUUCUGACGCUUCCCUUCUCUUUGGCUGCUUCUCCUUACCCCUUACACUUUAAUUAGCACUAUACAAAGUUCAUUUUUCUCUUUUCAGUUACUCAUUUUUGACCUUCAGUUCUGUGAACUAGUUCCCAACAAAAUCAAAGCCAAAAGGCCAGGGACUGAUUGCAAUGUUUUUGCCAUUGCUACCUUCAGUACCUUAGAUGCCUUCUUCCUCAUUUUUAUGUUGUACAUCUCUCCCACAGCAGCAGCCCUGAAAAUUAGCCCCUCAAAGUCCCCUUAAAUCAUAUGUGUGUGUGAGUGUGAUAAUUUAAGGGUGGGGGGCACAAUCAUUAAAUCUUAAUGCUCAUACAUUGGAUUUCAUAGACUCUUUGAGCUAGAAGGAAUUUGGUAAUAUCUAGUCUACCCUACCAUAGGAUCAAAGAUCUAAAGCUUGAAAGAACCUAGGAAGCUAUGUAGUCCAAUCCCCUCAUUUUAAGAUAAAGAAAGUGGGGCCCCAGGAGAUCAAGGGACUUACCCAGGCAGUAAGCAUAUAGUUGUACUCUAAGGUGAUGCCCUUCUGAAGCCUAAAGAAAUUAAGGAUCACAGUUAGUGGUAGAUCUAGGGCAAUCUAAGGAUUGCCUAUAUUUUCUCUCCCCUGCUUACGACCUUAAAUUUGCAUCUGUGUAAGUAGUACUUAAAUAUUAUCCACCCACCCCAUACAAGGGCAGGAAGGUAAGGUUUCAUUAGUUGUUUUUUUCAGGCUGCCAUAGUAUUUCAUUAGUCAUGUCCUGUGAAUCCUUCUACACAGCUCACAUGAGCACGGAGUAUCUCACUACUCCUGCCAUUUUUGGGGUUUUUUUUUUAUUUGUUUUCUUUUGUUUUUCUGGAAGAUGGCUAAGCUACUAAACUAACAAAAAGGUGGUCACCUUUUUUAUUUUGAUUAAGAUCCUAGGGAGGAAGUCAAUUUUGGGAAGCUGGCAGUGUGAUCAGAGUCACAGUGGUUUGAUGUUCUGCAAAGAUGAGGAAGAAUGGCUGAUUAGUUUGAGGCUAUCCAGUGAUACUCAGCUACUGCUCAUAUGAUUGUAGUUCCUUGGUUUCUUUUUUUUUUUUACAAAAUUAGAGGUGGGUAGGCUGGAGGAGCAGGGUUGAAGGGGACUGAGUGGAUGAAGAGUCACCUUUGGCUCAGUAAAUGUAUGUUAACAUAUUUUUCAAGUGCUAAACAAAGGAUAAGUAAUACUAUUAUUAAUCCAGUUAUUCUGAUGAGUUGAAUCUAUUUCAGUCUCCUUCAUUCUAGUCUUUAGGGAACCUAAUUUUUUUUUUCUCUCAGUACAGGAUCAGUAUACCUUUUCUUCCUUUUCUUCCUGCUGGCAAGGUACUGGCAGGUCAUUUGUGUACCAUCACAGAGCAGGCUCUGCUCUGCUUCCUUAAAAAGCCAGAAGCGUUUGUGAUAGCAUAGUAAUGUGGAUUUAGAUCUUGGCAGUUAAGCUCAACCAUUCUUUUGAAAACUAAUAAAACAGGCAUUCGCAAAAAAAUGACAGCUUCAUUCACCCUGCCUCCAAUUUAUCAUGCAAGUUUUAGUGUCUACUUCAAAAGAUGUGAAUUGCUGUUCACAGAAAGAUGUCUUCAAUCAGGAUGGGCAGGGUAGAUUUCUUGGAAUUAGGAUCUUAUUGUUUGUUAACUGUUAAAAAUUUUUUUUGAUUUGAUUGUGUAUAAGAGACACAGCAUGAACAGGCAUGAAUGGGUUGCCAUCCAUACCAUUGUAGACAGUGCCCCAUCACAGAUCAUACUGAAGUAUUGUGAAGCUGCGUAAGUAGAAGAAAUUUAGGCUAUUAGAAUCAGAGGAAGGUGCUCGAGUGUUGAGGGACAUGAAUAGCACAAACUCCAUGGAGCUGUCCGAGGGCAGCUUAUGAGCGCUUGCAUACUAAAUAAGACAAGUGUUUACUGAGGACCUGUUGUAUACCCAGAUCUUUCUUCAAAUGAUAAAGAAUAGUAUUCCUAAAGCUUUUUUGUGGAACUUGCUGAACAUUGAUAUACUUCAUGUGUAAAAAAAACAAAACAAAACAAAAAAAAAAAAAACAGUAAAUCCCCAACAAAGCCACUGGCAUUCAACAUGGAUUGUCCUGUUGCCAUAGCAACCCUCCAGUUGAGUUUUCUCCCUUUAGAAGCAGACUAACCCUACAACCACGGAUAAUAAAAGUUAUGCCUUAUAACUCUCUUUUCCUAAUUACUCAUAAUCAAGAUUUCAACAUCCUUAAUAUAAAUUGACAGUGUAAUCAAAUGGGGUGGGUUAGGGAAAGGAAGGUGAAGACAAGACUUUAUUAACUGACUGACCAAUGCUUUAUCCCCUUAGUUUUAUCUAUUGGGCCCUUGUCACAAGUAGCCACUUCCUUGUUAGGAAAUCUAACAUUGGUUAGUGAGGGAAGCAAACAUAAACUGUUACUAAAUUCGUGUAUUUAUUUUGUUCGCAUUUGUAUUUUGAAAAAGAAUUGCUUUUUAAAAUUAAGAUAAAAUGCCCAAUUAGUGGUGUCAGCAACUGAAAGUAUUGGCUUAGCCUGAGUUCAUUGGAACUUGGAAGUCCAAGCUGUGAAAUUCAUGUAUUUGCAUUUUCCCCUGGCCUCUGUGAGCCUUAAGGAGUGAUAGACUAUUUUAUUUCUAACAAAUGAGUAGCCUUCACUUUAAAUAAUGUAAAUAGGACCCUAGUUAAUUAAUUUGCACAAUUAAGUGCUUUAAGAGGUAUAUUACAUUAACUUGCUAUAUCAUCAUUUAAGAAAAAUAAGGUUACUAUACCUGUUGUCAAUCAUUCUUCUCCCAUAUUCCUGCCUCCAGGAAGAGAAAUGCCCUACCUAGUUUUUUUAAAGGGAUGAUUUGCAUUGGAGAUUGGCUUCUGGUCCCUCUACCUUCUGCUCAUUUUUACAGAUAUUUCUAGCCUGCCCAUUCUGGUUGUAAAUAUGCUUCAUCUUCAAAUAUAGCAGUACUCAUGAGCUACAUUUUAUUCUUGAACUUCCAUCUCUAGUGUUAAGGGAGAAAUAUCUCCUCUUCAAGUUCAUGUGGUGAGUGAGUAAUUGCUGCCAAAUAUCUAUUUACCAUAAUGCAGAAAUUAUAGAGGUAAAAACCUAGGUUUUGUCAUUAUGAUUGAACAUAGGUUGAGGCCUCAGAAAAAACCUGAACAAUCAUGAGGAUUCUGACAAGGCUUAUUAUAGAGUAGGCAAAAAAAAAAGUAUGUCAGAAUGACUGAAAAAUAAUUAUUUCACUUAUUGCAAUCUUGUAUUUUCCUCUUAGGCCCUAAAAGUUAAAGAGAAAAUAGAUCCAUAAUCUCAUAAUUCCUUUAAUGUCAUAAAAAUUGAACAAACUUAGUUAGAGCCAUAACCUCACACAUCCUCGUAGGAAACAAACUUCAUCAAACAAUGGGUAAAUUAAAUCAGAUUACACAUUAAACCAAUAUAGAGGAUUCACAAAUAGGCUAAUUGAAGAAGAGGAGAAUUUAUAAGUCACCAAGGAGUAAGGGACAGUUGAGAUUCUGCCUCUGACUUCUAAUCUAUGGAAUGCUUAAGGACACAAGUAAACUUAUCACAUCCUAUAGGAAAGGAUUCGAUCAUGUGAGGUUAAUAUUAGGAUAGACUUUUAGUCAACUGAAAUUUGCAGAAAGAAUGCCACUGAGUCCCAAAUAAUAAAAGGUAAUCAAAAAUUCCUAUAACACUGGUUUACCCAAAACCAGUUGUUUUUUUCAUGUGUUUCAUGGCACUAUAUAUCUUUCUACCUAUGCUAUAAUGCCUGACCAGUUGGGUAUCUGUAUCACUAUCACUGUAUCAGUACCACUGAAGGACAUUUAGUGAACCCCAAAGGUAGCAUGGUUAAUAGGAAAAGCAUAGGACUGAAAUCAGAAGACCUGGGUUCCUGUCCAAUCACUUCUUUAAAACAGUUGAGUGACUUUGAGUAAGUCUCUUCAUUUCUGUGAGCCCUAAUGCCCUCAGUUAUAUAAAAGAGAAUUGAACCCAACUAGACUAUCUCCUUAUUGCAACAUUUCCAGUUUUGUUUAAGUUACUUUACACAUGGCCAAACUACGUCUGGGAUCCUUCACCCUAUCUUUGACCUGACACAGUCUUUAUAAAGUUUCCAGCUAACUCUUAGGAAAGGAAACCCAUUUCAUCUUUGAAAUCUGAAAAGUCUGAAAGCAAUAGUCUUCUUAGAAUUCAAGCAGAGGCAGAAUAAUGAGCCCAUAGUGCUAUCAGUAAUAGAGUAGACUCCUCAACAGGACCCACCCCAUGGACCUAGCCCUAGGUCUUUUACCUACUGUGUCUUUUGUGGCAUAUGCAGGAAAAGCUAUGGUCUCCAGACCUAGAUCUCUGAAGAGGUAGAGAAACCAGGCAGCUUACAAUCAUUUCUACUCAGCUACCCACACCUACACCUACAAUUCAUGUAGACGAUUCUCUAUGCUUCAGGAUUUCUCAACAGUUAUCUUUGCCUUACAUUACUCAAAAUGAUUGACAUAACCCCAUUCCCUUCCAAAUAUCCUGUCCUCUACCCCAUGUUCAUCUGUAUCAUACUUUUAGGCAUUAAUGAAAAGUGAUUUCUGGAAGACAACCUGGAACACAGAACAUUCGGUAUACUCAGAAUCAAGAAGAACAAUGCAUAGGGCAAGGGAGUCAAGUGGGUUCUGGAUUGGAAUUUGGGGGCCUUUUCCAAGGUUGCCCUCUGGCUUAAUUUCUGUUAGGUUCAGUGUGUCCUCCCUCUCUGUACACAUGUGUAGUGCAAACCACCUCAUUCAAAUCACAGCAUAUGUAUUAGAGGACAAAUAAUUCAGAUAGUGAAACCAAAGCAUCCUUCCUAAGGCUUUGGGACUUGGAACAGUCUAUCUUUUCAGGAGCUUCUGUAGGGAGCUAUUUCUUGGGAGAUGGUCAGGAUAGCCUAAUAUCUCUCUCUUACUUAGCCUGUCAUAUAAGAGAAAGUGUUGAGUUAUUCCCCUGAAUGCUUUCAGUUCAAGUGAUCCUUCUAUCAUCAAGUUUGUGAAAUGAAGAAUUCAGGAACAUGUGGGUACUUCUAAAUUGGUUGGCAGUUGGGAGUGAGACACGUAAGCGUGCCUUGGUGGAAAAUGACUUACUCUGGAGGUUUGGGGAUCUUGGAUUUUGGACCAUCUCUGCUGAUAGUUUGCUGUAUUAUAUUGGGGCAAGUAAUUUCACCUAUUCUAACACACUGGAGCAUUUGGAAGGAACCAUCUGGGCCUUGUCUGGAAGUCUCCUCACAUCCUUACAUAGUUUAAUUUAGUUUUGUUUUACAAUAGGCACCACCCCAGUAUCUGGUAUCUACUGAUGCCAAGAAUCCUUCAUCUAACACUAGAGGUUCUGUCUGUUAAAUGAGUUCAGAUCGGAUGACCUCUGGGGUCCUUCCUUAGAACUCUGUGUAGUUCUCUUUCCCUCCAACUCAUCACCACCACCAUCACUCCCCUCCUUUGGGAUACUGAGGGGAAAUUCUGCUGCAGACACUAGUGGGGAGCAAGGAACUGAAAUGGGGGAAGGGAAGUCAGUAAAGUGAGCAUUUACAGCUGCUGGCAGGAGGCAAUGUCCCCAGGGUGCAACUCUUUCCAUUUUUCCAGUGAUUCUAUACCUUCCUUCCCCUCAGGAUCAAUGCUGGAUGGGAGGCAGUCAUUCCGGAGACAUGAGCAUACUGCCUUCCAGUAUCAAAGUGGAAUUUUCUAACAAAAUAAACUUGCUUGUUUGGUCUGUUUUCUGUAACUUUUGCUAAAUACUUUAUACGUUUUUAAAGUUAAAAAGCUGUGUCUCCUGCCAGCAUUACUCAUUCUGGUAUGAAUGUGUUUACUUCACGUUCUAUAUCUUUCCAUCCUCUUUGGCUUCAUAGAUUGGUAAAUAUAAUUGAUGUAAUAUAAUUUAUGAGUAACACUGUUGCAACUCUGAUCUCUUUGGAACCUGUAACUCAUUUUUCUUCCCAUAAUGGCAUUAGUGUGUAUUAAGACUGAAGAAUUAAAUGUUUAAAGGGUUUUAAUUCUGAAUUUGUUAUAUAUAAUUGUUCUGUAUUAUUAUAAAGCAUUUUCAUGAACUUAAACUCUAUUUCUUUAUAUUUUUCUGCAAGUUGGUGUAUACACUUCAGAUGCUUAGAGUCAUUCCAUGUAAAAUAAACUGUAC